AUGUCGGCCGCUACCCCCGUUCGGCCGUCACGACGCGCCGCAACAAGGCGAGCAGCCAUCAUCGAUUCCGACGAUGAGGACGAAAUAGCAAACACAACCAGAGCUCCCGUCGACGACGAGGAAGACUAUACCCCAGAACCGACGAGAAGCCCCCGACGGCGGACGACGCGGGGUCGUCUCUCCCUAGCCGCCGCCGCCACCGUUGCACCACGUCCCCGGGGACGGCCAAAGAAGCUUUCGACGGCGGCGGCGGAGAGCAGUCAGUUGCUGGAUGCGGACCGGACGAUCAAGUCGGAGCAGGCCGAUCCGCCGAAAAAAUCCUGGCCCUCGAGGCGUACGAGCACGGCGCCGCGGGCUUCCAUGGCGGCCGCUCCCAGCCUCGCUCCCCCGACGCCCAGAGCGCCCUUGUCCCCGGAGGCGACGACGGCCCACGGCUCACCCCUCGCCGACAUCACCACGGCCAGCGUGAACACGCAGGCGGCCGACGAAACGACGCAGGCGGCCGUCAAGCCCAUCAAGCCCUUCGACGCCGUCUUGGAUCGUCCCAUCGACAUCGUGCUCAAGCAGCGAACGGUGACGAUAGCGCCCGCCGUCGAGGAUGCGACGGCGCCGAAGCCUCGAACCGUCCUCACCUACCUCAUCCUCAACAACUUCAAGAGCUACGCCGGCCGCCAAGAGGUCGGUCCCUUCCACGCCUCCUUCUCCUCCGUCGUCGGCCCCAACGGAUCCGGCAAGUCCAACGUCAUCGACUCCCUGCUCUUCGUCUUCGGCUUCCGAGCCAGCAAGAUGCGUCAGGGCAAGAUAUCCGCCCUCAUCCACAACUCGGCCCAGCAUCCGAGCCUCGACUUUUGCGAGGUCGAGGUCCAUUUUCAAGAGGUCGUGGACCUGCCCGCCGGCGGCCACGAGGUCGUGCCGGAUUCCGCCCUCAUCAUCUCUCGAAAGGCCUUCAAGAACAACUCGAGCAGAUACUACAUCAACGGCAGGGAGUCCAACUUCACCACCGUCACCACCCUCCUUCGCGACCGCGGCGUCGACCUGGAUCACAAGCGAUUCCUCAUCCUCCAGGGCGAGGUCGAGUCGAUCGCGCAAAUGAAGCCAAAGGCGGCCAGCGAGCACGACGACGGCCUCCUCGAGUACCUCGAAGACAUCAUCGGAACCUCGAGGUACAAGACGCCCAUCGAGGAGGCGGCGACGGAGGUGGAGACGCUCAACGAAAUUUGCAUGGAAAAGAGCGGCCGCGUCCAGCACGUGGAAAAGGAAAAGCACAGCCUCGAGGACAAGAAGGAAAAGGCGCUCGCCUACAUCAGGGACGAGAACGAGCUCGCGACGAAGCAGUCGGCGCUGUACCAGCUCCACCUUUACGAGUGCGGCGACACCAUCGCCGUCACGGAGGAGUCCAUCGGACGGAUGCAAGCCCAGCUUGACGAGGAACUCGAGAAGCACGACGGCAGCGAGCAGGUCAUCAAGGACCUCGGCAAGAGAUAUGCCAAGGGCAGCAAGGAGUUUGAGGCGCAGGAGAAGCAAACCCAGGCUCUCGUCCAGGAGGUGGCCAAGUUUGAGCAGGAGAGGGUCAAGUUCGACGAGAAGCAAAAGUUCCUCGAGGACAAGAGGAAAAAGCUGGACAAGACCAUCGGCAACGCCCAGACGUCGACGGCCGAGGCGGACGAGACCAUCGACGAGUGCGGCCGGGACAUUGAGGAUCGAACCCAGCAGGUCGCCGACCUCGAGGAGCGAGUCAAGUCCGAGGAGGCCGAGCUCGCCAAGAUCCGAGACGGCCUCAAGGGAAAGACGCAGGCGUUUUCCGACCAGAUUGCGAGCAAGCAAAAGUCGCUGGAGCCGUGGGUGGAAAAGAUCAACCAGAAGCAGUCGGCCAUCGCCGUCGCCGAGAGCGAGAUGGCCAUCCUCCAAGAAAAGGCCAACGCCGGCGCCGUCGCGCUCGAGGAGCUCCGAGCAAAGCUCGCCUCGACCGAGGACGGCAAGGCGGCCAAGGUCGAGGAGCUCAAGGAGUGCGAGGCGGAGAAGGCCAAGCUGCUCAAGGAAGCGGAGAAGCUCGAGUCGGAGCUCGAGGUGCUCGCGGCCCAGGAGCCCAAGUUCCGGUCGAAAAUCUCCAACGCGCGGCAAAAGGCCGACGAGGCUCGCUCGAGCCUCGCCAGCAGCCAGACGCGCGGCAACGUGCUGACGGCCCUCGUCCGCAUGCGGGAGUCGGGUCGCAUCGACGGCUUCCAGGGCCGUCUGGGAAACCUGGGCACCAUCGACCAAAAGUACGACGUGGCGGUCUCGACGGCCUGCGGCGCCCUCGACAACUUCGUGACGGAAACGGUCGAGGCCGGCCAGCAGUGCAUCGAGUACCUGAGGAAGAACAACCUCGGCCGCGGCAACUUCAUCUGCCUCGACAAGCUCAGGGCCCGUGACAUGUCGCCGAUGCAGACGCCCGAGAACGCGCCUCGGCUCUUCGACCUCGUCAAGGCCAAGGAGGAUCGGUUCCGGCCCGCCUUCUACCACGCGAUGCAGGACACCCUCGUCGCCGCCGACCUCGCCCAGGCGAACCGCAUCGCCUACGGCGCCAAGAGGUGGCGCGUCGUGACGCUCGACGGCGAGCUCAUCGACAAGUCCGGCACCAUGUCCGGCGGCGGCUCGACCGUCAAGAAGGGGCUCAUGUCGGCCAAGCUCGUCGCCGACACGACCAAGGAGAACGUCGCCAAGCUCGAGGAGGAUCGAGACACGUGGGAGGCCAAGUUUCAGGAAUUUCAAGAGUACCAGCGGGAGUGCGACGGCAGGCUCCGGGAGCUGAAGGCUCAGAUGCCGCAGCUCGACACCAAGAUGCAAAAGAUUGGCCUCGAGAUCGAGAGCGCGACGCGGAACCUUGCCGACGUCCAACGUCGGAUCAAGGAGGUCAGCAAGGAGCACCAACCGUCGGCGUCGGACUCGAGCCGCAUCCAGGCGCUGGAGAGGGAGAUGGCCAAGCUCGGCGGCGAGAUCGACGGCAUUCGGGGCGAGACGGCGAGCGUCGAGGAGGAGAUCAAGGCGCUGCAGGACAAGAUCAUGGAGGUUGGCGGCGAGAAGCUGCGGGCGCAGCGGGCCAAGGUGGACGGGCUCAAGGAGGACAUCAGCUCGCACAACGACGAGCUCUCGAGCGCCGAGGUCCGACGAGCCAAGGCGGAGAAGCAAAAGGGCAAGCUCGCCAAGGACAUGGCCAAGGCGAACAAGGAUCGGGAGGCGGCCGCCAGGGAGCUCGAGAAGCUGCAGGACGACAUCGGCCACCAAGGCGAGAGGGCCGACGAGCUCAGGGCGCUCGUCGAGGAGGCCGAGGAGGGCCUCGGGUCCAAGAAGGAAGAGCUCGCGUCGGUCAAGAAGGAGCUCGACGAGAAGACGUCGGGGCUCAACGAAUGCCGCGCCUUUGAGAUUGAAAUUCGCAACAAGCUCGAGGAGGGCCAGAAGACGCUGGCGGAGAAUCAGAAACGGCUGCGCUACUGGGACGAUAAGCUGUCGAAGCUGGCGCUGCACAUAAUCGAGGAUCUCAUCGGCGAGCCCGCGGCCAAGGUCGAGGAGGCGGACGAUGUCGAGAUGGCCGACGAUGUCGAGAUGGCCGACGAUGUCGAGAUGGCUGACGACGUCGAGAUGGCCGACGCGCCAUGCCAAGAGGACGACGCCGACGCCGGUGCGGGCCAUGAUCUGCGGGAGCUGCCGAGAUACACGCCCGACGAGCUCGCGGACAUGAGCAAGGAUGGGCUCAAGAGCGAGAUUGCGGCGUUGGAGGAGAAGACGCAAAACGUCAGCGUCGACCUCGGCGUGCUGGCCGAGUACCGUCGCAGGGUCGAGGAGCACGCGGCGCGCUCGUCGGACCUCCAGUCGGCCAUCGCCCAGCGCGACUCGGCCAAGAAGCGGUGCGACGACCUGCGACGGAUGCGGCUCGAGGGCUUCAUGGAGGGCUUCAGCACCAUCUCGCUGCGGCUCAAGGAGAUGUACCAGAUGAUCACCAUGGGCGGCAACGCCGAGCUCGAGCUCGUCGACAGCCUCGACCCCUUCAGCGAGGGCAUCCUCUUCAGCGUGAUGCCGCCGAAGAAGAGCUGGAAGAACAUUGGCAACCUGUCGGGCGGCGAGAAGACACUGAGCAGCCUGGCCCUCGUCUUCGCCCUGCACCACUACAAGCCGACGCCGCUGUACGUCAUGGACGAGAUCGACGCCGCCCUCGACUUUAGAAACGUCUCCAUCGUCGCCAACUACAUCAAGGAGCGGACGAAGAACGCGCAGUUUGUCGUCAUCUCGCUGCGCAACAACAUGUUUGAGCUGGCCGCGCGUCUCGUCGGCGUCUACAAGGUCAACCACAUGACCAAGAGCGUGACGAUUGAAAACCGCGACUACAUCUCGCGGCCGCAGCCGGCGCCCUCGCAGCGACCUCCGGGGCCGGGACAGUCGACGACGCUCGCGAUGCGGUGA